AUGGGGCCGGAGAAUAACGGCUGUUCUCGGGAGGAACUCAUCGCGCCCAGGAGCCAGACCAUCAAUGACCUCAAGCUGCAACUCGUCUUGUCCCUUGUCCUGGGAGUCUCAGCUUUCAUUACCUUCUGUAUACUUCGCCCACGAUGGCCGUCGCUCUACGCGGCUCGCGAGCGCCGCCUCGACCCCAAGAUCAAUCUGCCGGCGUUGUCGAAUUCGUUUUUCGGAUGGAUCCCGCAGUUAUACAGAAUUAGCGAAAACCAAAUAUUGGCGGCUGCGGGAUUGGAUGCGUUUGUGUUUUUGGCAUUUUUCAAAAUGGCUAUCCGACUCUUUUCCAUCAUGGCGUUUUUUGCGAUAGUGGUUUUAGAGCCAAUUAAUAUGAGCUUCCGAGGAAACGAGACCUGGCUAAAUCCGAACAAGCCGGAGCACGAUGGACGCGGUCGAGAUUUAUUUGGUUCGCCACAAAUACUGUAUCGAAACGGCCUUGACGUGCUCAAAGAUAACGACGAGGACAAGAGCAACGAGAAACCGUACUUGUGGGCAUACGUCAUCUUUACGUAUUUUUUUGUAGCUGUUACGCUAUAUUCGAUUAAUUGGGAGACGUUCCGGAUCGUCGACCUCAGGCAAAGGUAUUUGGGCUCGCAGUCGACAGUAACGGACCGAACUUUCCGUCUUACAGGUAUACCGAUCAAGCACAGGUCCGAAGAAAAGCUCAAAGACUUGAUUGAAAAGCUCGAUAUUUGCCUCGUGGAUUCCAUCACAUUGUGCAGGGACUGGAAGUAUCUCGAUCAGUUAGUUCGGCAUCGAGACUUACUAUUGCGGAAGCUAGAAGCUUCCUGGGCAAAAUAUCUCAAAAUUCAAGAAUCAUCAACACAACACAGUGAUGCAACCCAGACACAGGACGUGGACGAUGAUACAGUCGGUCAAGUCCGCGGCAUAAAUAGGGACGAGGAGUCUGCCGAGAAUGCCCGGCUUCUCUCAAGCCAGCAAGACCGGCCGUAUAUGUUUGCCGGCGACCGACCUCAGGUGUCUAUUCGAUACGGUCCACUGCUUCUCCGAAGCCAAAAGGUUGAUGCAAUCGACUACUACGAGGAGAAGCUGCGCCGGCUCGACGAGCAGAUUGUCCAAGCUCGGAAGAAGGAAUACGAACCUACGGACAUGGCCCUCGUCACUGUGGAUUCGGUCGCAUCUUGUCAGAUGGUUAUCCAGGCUAGAAUAGAUCCUCGACCUGGUAGAUUCUUGACCAAGCCAACCCCCUCGCCUUCCGACCUGGUGUGGAAGAAUACCUACGCCUUGCGCGGCAUCCGUCGACUGAAAGCAUGGGCCAUCACACUCUUCAUCACGGUGUUGACGCUCGUCUGGAUAUUUCCCACGGCAUUCCUAGCGUCCUUGUUAAGCAUAUGCACUAUUGAUCAGGUCUUGCCAAAAUUUGCCGCGUGGCUGAGUGACCAUACUGUCAUCAGGUCAUUCAUUCAGAACAGCGCGCCGACGCUGAUCGUCUCGUUGCUCAACGUUUCAGUGCCAUACCUCUAUGACUGGCUUUCAAACCACCAAGGCAUGGUAUCGCAAGGAGACGUGGAGCUGUCUGUCAUCUCCAAGAAUUUCUUCUUUACAUUUUUCAACACCUUCUUCGUGUUUGCAGUUUCGAGAACUGGAUUCGAAUUCUUCAACGUACUGAGGCGUUUUCUUAAAGAUACAAGCCUGAUACCCCGGAUUAUUGCCCGUGACGUGGAGGAUCUUUCACUGUUCUACACAUCCUUCAUCAUUCUGCAGGGAAUUGGUCUCAUGCCCUUUCGAAUACUUGAAGUCGGAAGUGUAUUUCUCUUCCCAAUAUCUCGGUGGCUCUCCUCCACGCCCCGCGAUUUUGCUGAAUUACAGAAGCCUCCAAAAUUUCAGUACGGCUUCUAUCUACCGACUGCGCUGCUUGUGUUCAACCUGUGUAUCAUCUACAGUGUUCUACUAAACGGAGAAAUAAUUCUCAUCUUCGGCAUAAUUUACUUUGGGCUGGGAUACUUUACAUUCAAGUAUAUGCUGCUGUAUGCUAUGGAUCAACCCCAACAUGCUACGGGCGGUGCGUGGCGUAUAAUCUGCUACCGCAUAGUCAUUGGCCUUCUGGUUUUCGAGACAGUCAUGGUGGGGCAAAUAGCCUCUUCUAGGGCAUUUGUGCAGUCUGUUGCAGUCUUGCCACUUAUUCCAUUUACGAUCUGGUAUAGCUACUACUUUAACCGACGCUUUGAGCCUCUGACAAGAGUGAUUGCGCUAAGAGCGAUUCGAAAUGGGCGAGAGCAAAACGGCGAGGGCGAACAAGCUGUAGAAGAGGAGGCCUCAGAUGAUGAUGUUCCACAUUUUCAGCGCCAAAUCCUGAGAAGGGGAAGCACUCUAGACGAGUUCAAAGAGAGAGGCUUGACGUUUGUCAACCCAAGCUUAGUUACUCCGCUACAACUUCCAUGGAUCUACCAUGAUCCACCGCCGCUAGCCGAUGAUGAUGUUACGACGGAGGGCGAUCGUUUGUCCCAAGGCCGUCCUACUCUGAUCCUACCGAAUGCAGACAGCUCGUUGGGUAUUGGAGAGGAUAAUCGGCUCGAUCGUGACAAUUGUACCAAACAUACCAGCAAGACGUCGUCACAGAUAUUCGUUUCACGAGGAGUAGCUGGAUUCUACUCCACAAGGGCGUCUCGAAGAGCGUCAUUAAACGACACCCGGUCACCGGAUCAGUCUCUUGGUACGAUGGCUGUUGCGACCCGCAUGCCUAUCAACAAUCGUGGCAUCCGAGCUCCUCCAGGGCAGUCGAAUCAAGCAGAGGCAGCCAGAGGAGCUGGUUACAUCCGCCAUGAUGCCGAUACAGAAGCUGAUUUUAAUGCUGCCCGUCAUACAUGCCGGUCUUGGUUUUCUGCAAGCUUGCAUCGCACACUGCUUGUGCAGAUGCUGAAGCAAGGGGGAUGGUGGAGCAGCAUGCUGCGCAUCAUCACGCCAAUGGGGUUGGCAAGAUCACUUGGGAUGAGCCAGGAACGAAUAAUGAGCAAGUGGAUUUCAAGGGAGUGUAAUCUUGCCAAUCCAAACGGGAGGGUAUUCGCUCAAAUGGGAGAAGCUGACUUUCGACAACUACCGAUUAGACGCCGGAAGAGUCAGCUGCAUGGAGAGGUAUCAUUUACGGUCAGUCUCUGCGGGCGGUAUCUGAUAGCGGCUCUAGAUCAACUGGCUUAUAUAUACGAACUGAAUCAUGUUUAUCAGCCUGGACGUUCGGGUUGGUCUGUGCCUUUGAGACGUAGGCAAGGCAUGCCUCUGGGUUUCAUGCGCCCCGUUGCAAGCAUUAUUUGCCCUCGCCGGAUUCUGUGUUCCAGCAUAGAUACCUCAUCGGGGAGACAUUCAGUGGCAUUUCUAAUGGAAGGGCGUGUGGGUAUGGUUUGUGAAAUCGCAACGCAUGAGCAACUUACUUCGAGGUUGUCGCCCAUUGCCUGGUGCACGGCUGGGCCGUCAGAAUCGGGCUCUGUGCCAACCUCAAGGGAGAAUCCACUGACAGGAUCAGCCAAACAUUGCAUCUGCUAUGAAAGGUCACCUCAGGAACCACCUGCUGUAGAAGUUGGUCAAGAUCUUAGUCGGUGGUUUCCACUGUCGUCUCCAAGCGACUUUUUGUACUUUCUACCGGCGCGACGAGGGACUGAUACGGCCCAAAAGCUUCGCCUAAUCAGCUCUGCAGCUGGUUUAUUGAACCCGCUUGAUCCCUUGGUGGAUUCGGGGAAUGAAUUUUGCACUACGAUAAGUGGAGCAGAAAGAACAGAUUUGGCGUCACUUUGGAGUACUGGCGUAACCAGAUUAGACAGCCACCAAGCCUCGGCUGCAAGAUCGAGCGAACCCACGAGGCCUAUGUGCAUGAGAUCGAGAGCAUUUCAAGACGGCCAGAUAUCGGACAGUGGAGCUAUACGGACUGUAUCGGCAAGGAGCGCAGACCAUUACCGUGCUGUGCCUCUCAGCGAUGGAUAUCACAUCCUGUUCACUGACCCUCGAACAGGUUGCCUUUGCCUGGGAACUGACGCUCCGAUUGGGUCUGUUACACGUCUUCUUCGCAAAGUGUGGUUUCGACCCCCGGGAGCAGCUUUUUCCGCAAUACCAAUACUGUAUACGGCUGCAUCAGAUGUAAGGCAUGGGGUCCGAGUUGUAGCUACCUUUGCGGCAGAGUCACCACCGAACACCACAGACACCGUCUUCAACAAGCAAUUGAUUGUGUUCUUCACUGUUCCGCCAGACCUGUUCCAUGAUCCAUCUUAUGGUAGCACUAUGCGUCACUCGAAUACGGAAAUUUUCAGUGAUGAGAGGAUUCGGAGACAAAGUAGUUCGGAGCCCUGGCAGGCUGAGGAGGGUUAUGGUGAGGCGUUCAGCUCUUCCGGGUGGGCAAAUGCAUGGGCGGUGGACUCGGGAAGGUUUGAGCCGCUUACAAGGACAGCUAUCCAGUUGAACGGAGGCGUGCGUCUGGUUGACCACGAUGGCGAUAGCCUCACGGGGUAUGGCGAAAGCUCCAGCAUGAUGAAAACACCGGAUAUUGGCGGUAUUGUUGAUCCUUUUGACGGCACCGUGGGCACGAACUUCGUGGAGCGACGGUCUGCAUUUGAGCGAGCAGGCUGGUACACCAGAGCCAGGGGCAGCGACAGGAUGAGCGGCACGGCGUCGGUGGACUUGGUUGAAGGAGUUAAUGGCAUCGCAAGACUCGACGUGCAAUUACGAUAA